AUUAUUAUUUGAAAAAAAAAAAAAAGGUAAUUUAUCUAAGUAUAAGCGACGUCGUGCUUACUUCCCUCGCGGUCUCGCCGUUUCAUGAGCAGAACCAUUUUCAUCCGCGCUGUGCCAAACAGAACUUGCAGAGGAGAAAGAGAGACAAAACCAUGAAUGCUCCUGACCGUUACGAGAGAUUCGUCGUGCCUGAGGGCACCAAAAAGGUUUCUUACGAGAGGGACACCAAGAUAAUCAACGCGGCUUCGUUCACUAUCGAGAGGGAAGACCACACCAUCGGCAACAUCCUUCGAAUGCAAUUGCACAGAGACGAGAACGUUUUGUUUGCUGGUUACAAGCUUCCUCACCCUUUGCAGUACAAAAUCAUUGUUAGGAUACACACAACUAGCCAGUCUUCUCCGAUGCAAGCAUAUAAUCAGGCUAUCAAUGAUCUGGACAAGGAACUUGAUCAUCUGAAGAAUGUAUUUGAGGCUGAGGUAGCAAAACAUUCAAGGGACUUCUAAUGCAAGUUUGAGGCGCUCAGUAAACUGGUGCUUUUCUGUUUGGACUUUAAAAAGAAAAGAACCAAUAACUUUGAGACAUUUUCUCAUUUUGAAUGUUGUGAUGCAUUAAAAGCUGCAAUGCAUGCUAUUGAGGCUUUUGUCAUGACACUGUUAUUAAGUACGUCUUGAAGCUGUUCAAGAAACAAACAUCUUCUGCAUUCUGUAUUACAUAUUUUUAACUAAGCUGAUCACUCACUAAUUGUGUGGUUCCUGAUGGUACUUGG